AUGCACGGAAUCAAAGUUCCUUACGCAGACUUAUCAGCAUCUUAUUUUUACAAUAGCAAUCUUGAAGGAAGCGAUUUAUCUCAUGCUAAUAUUUCGUUUUCCAACUUAGAAUAUACCAACUUCAAAGGAUGCGAUAUGAGAAACUCUAGCCAUGGAUUAAUUCCUUUAGCCGAAAUGAAGCAGUGCAAAGAGGCUUGACUUUCCCCUACAGGCAAAUAUAUAGUCUGAGAUUUCUAUUCACCUUCUUGUCCCCUAUUCCAAAUUCAGAAAAUAGAAAGCAUUCAAAAUUCCCAACAAAUUAUAGGCAAGCCUAUACAAUUUUCCCCUCAAGAAAAUUAUAUAAUAUUUGAAUCACUUGAAAAAAAAUAUGCUAUUCAUAGCCUUUUAAAUAAUAAGUGCUUAAAAUAUCAAUUUGAAAGUUCAAAACUUUUUGCUUUUUCGCCAUCAGAAAAAUACCUAGCCUUUUAUUCGUUUGGUACUCUUUGCAUUCGAGACUUGCAAACUGACUUAAUUUGCUCAUCAACAAGUUUUCAGCUUCGUCUUUUCUAUAUAAAUUGAUCUCCAAUAGAAGAUUUUGUUUUAGUUCAAUCAGCAAGGGAUUGAAUUAUAUGAGAUAUAAGAAACAGCAUAAAAAUCCAGCAAUUUGAUUUUGGAAAUAAUUAUCAUGAUUAUCCGAAGGAUUUUGCAUUUUCUUGGCAUGGAAAAUACAUGGUAAUAUAUAACUCUAAAUACAGCGAAGAUACUUUUUUGAUUUGAAAUUCCCAGACUAAAGCAGUUAUAAAUAUACAAACUAUAGAGAAAGAACAAUUUGAAAUUAAAUUUUCAUCCACCCAUGAAAAAAUUUUUGUUAAAUCUGGGAGACAUUUAUCAAUAUGAAAUGCAGAAACCUCAGAAGAAUUAGCUAGAUCAAAAGAUUAUUAUGAUACCUUAUCUGCUGCUGUUAUGUCGCCAAUAGGAGAUUAUAUAUUUAUUUAUGGCGAUGAUGGACUCGGACUAUAUGAUUGCGAAAAUAACGUGGCUGAAAAAUCUAUCAAUUAUUAUGAUUUUGAAUCCUGUCAAUAUGUAGCAACUAAAAAACGUCCACAAAUAGUUUUUAAAGGCUUAUUAUUGCAGAUAGAUUAUAACUUCUCACACAAUUUGGAUGAUUUUCUCCGCAAAAAUAGCAAUGCCGCUAAUUCAGCAUGCUUUUCUUGUGAUGAUAAAUAUUUUGCGACUAGCAACUAUAAUAGGGUUAUCAAUAUCUGAGAUAUGAGAAAAAAAGAAAUAAUUUCAGCUCUUAAAACUGAUGAGCCGCCUGCAUCUCUGUUCUUUUCACCAUCCUCAAAAUUUUUAGUAGUCAAAAGUAGUAUUUCUGAGCCUAUAGAAGCCACAGUUUGAAACUGAAAGAAGAAAGCUUACUUACUUACUUAAUUAUCUGGUGUUUAAGGUGUCUAGUGCCGUAGCCCAAAAGGGCCUAUAGCAAAACUGAUGACGUAGGCGAGCCAUCUUGGCACAGGUCAGCCCUGACCAAGCCUUCUAUCAACUCCUGCUUCAUCGGCAUUGCUGCACGUCUCACCCGGCGCGUUGCCGUCGCCCUUGUCGCUCGACUCAGCUCCUGCGCGUGUUCCGCCUAAGGGGUCAUCCUCCCUUGGGGAUGUGCUGAGAGGUAAAAGCCCGAAAUCUUGAGUGGACUGAGGAGUGGUUCCUCUGGUUAUCCCCAGAGUUAAAAACCGUUAUUGCUGUCCAGAAGUCUUCGAGUGAAAACCUAACCCUAUAAAUAAAAUUCCAUGAGGGAGAGAAAAUUAGCAGAGCUAAUUUCUCUCGAACCGAAUGCCAUUUUAUUUAUGAAAGAAGAAAGCAAUUAUUUGAAAGCAUUGCUUUGUUACACCAAUUCGAGUCAUUUCAUUUUCUAUUUCUGAAAACUUUUGGGCAGUAGGAAGUGGAUCUAUAAUUUAUAUUUGGGAUAAAAAUUCCAUAAUGCAUAUUAUUGAUUCUAACUGAGAUAUUACUUCAACAGCUAUAUUAGAUGGAUCAUUUACUGAGAAUGAAAAUUAUUUUGUAUAUGGAAAUGACAGAGGAGAAAUAAACUUUUUCUUAUUGAGAAGCAAAAGUAUUGAGAAAACUAUUUCUUUAGGCAUUUCUAGGAUGAUGAUAUUUUCAAAUUCAUCUCAAUAUGUUGCAAUUUAUGACAGAAAUAGCAAUUUAAAGAUAUGAAAUAUUAUAGAUGAUCCAUUCAUUGCCUAUGAAGUCAAUGAAAUCAAAAAUCUUCAAUCAAUUAUCAUAUCGACAGAUGGAAAUUAUGUUAUUUUACAAAGAAAAGGUGAUUGCUCGUUUGAAAUUUUGGAUACUCUGAAAGGAUGCACAAUUUUCAGGUCGAAAAAUUGUAUUCAUAAAAUUAAAUGGAUAUCAUGAUCUUGAUCAGGCAAUUUUAUUAUUGCUACCAGCAAGGGUUUUAUUGGGAUUUGGGAUUUCAAAGCUUUGAUGAGCAAAAGGAGUAUUGAUCUAGCAUUUAAUGAUAAAGCAAGCUUAAAUGAGAUAGAAUGUCUAGAUUGGGCGAGGUCAUCAAAUAAUUUUAACAUUCGGAAUUGCGAUUUUUCAGAUGCAAAAAUGAGUGAUAAUAAUUGGCUUUCAAUUAAGGAGAUAAAUAAUUAG